AUGGAGGUGAAGACGUCAUUAUGGGCGGAGAAACUGGACGUCCUGUCUGCGGCGGCCACUCGGGACCCCGAGGCGUUCCUGGGACACCCGGUCAACGCCUUCAAGCUGGUGAAGAGACUGAACACGGAGUGGGGGGGGCUGGAGAGCCUGGUGCUCACGGACACGUCCCACGCGUUCAUCUCCAACCUCACCAUCCACAGGCAGCGCUUCCCCAACGACGAGGACCAGGCCGGCGCCGCCAGAGCUCUGACGCGGCUGCUGGACACGUACCGGCUGGACGCCGACACCUUCGCCGCCGGCGAGCUGCCAGGCCUGUCCCCCUCCUCCCCCCGCGGCUCUCUGACGGUGGAGGACUGCUUCGACCUGGGCAAGGCGGCGUACUCGGAGGCCGACUACUACCACACGCAGCUCUGGAUGACGCAGGCGCUGAAGCUGCUGGACAGGGGGGGGGUCGCCGUGGACGCCGUCGCUGGGGACGCCGUUGCCGUGGACGCCGUCACCAUCCUGGACUACCUGAGUUACUCCGUCUACCAGCAGGGGGCGCUGGAGUCUGCGCUGGACUUCACCCGUCGGCUGCUGGCGCUCGGUCAGUCGCACCAACGCCUCUCUAGCCUGUCU